GGAAGAAGUAAAAGUCUUUCUCUGUGGGGUCAUCUAAGAGGAUUGGACAAAGCUCUGGAGAACAAUCCUGCACCCAACAGUAGUGGAUUAGGUUCUGUCUUCUACAUCCAGCUCCUACAUCAGCCUGGGAACAGAAGUUUCAGGCUCUUGUCUCUUCCCAUCUGCACCCCAGGGGAUCACUGUCCCGAGUAGGAUCUGCAAGUAAAGAAGGAAUAGAAGGCGUUAUUCCAACUUGUUUGGAGAGAACACAAAACCAACACAAAAUGGCACAGCAUAGCAUUGUCCUUGGAUUAUUCAUGAUGACUGUUUUGUCACUAUUGCAUGGAAAUUCAGCUUUCCUGUUAAAUCAGCGUCUGAAGGGAAGAUUUCAAAGGGACCGCAGAAACAUCCGCCCAAACAUCAUUCUUGUUCUUACUGAUGAUCAGGAUGUAGAACUUGGUUCUAUGCAAGUGAUGAAUAAAACAAGGCGGAUCAUGGAACAGGGAGGUGCCCACUUCAUCAAUGCUUUUGUGACGACACCAAUGUGCUGCCCAUCCCGCUCUUCUAUUCUCACCGGAAAAUAUGUCCACAAUCACAACACCUAUACUAACAAUGAGAACUGCUCCUCUCCAUCCUGGCAAGCUCAGCAUGAAAUACGCACAUUUGCGGUGUACCUCAAUAACACGGGAUACAGGACAGCUUUCUUUGGAAAGUACCUUAAUGAAUAUAAUGGCUCCUAUGUGCCUCCUGGCUGGAAAGAAUGGGUUGGAUUACUUAAAAAUUCUCGUUUUUACAACUACACUCUCUGUAGAAAUGGAGUAAAGGAGAAACAUGGAUUUGACUACUCCAGGGAUUAUCUGACUGAUCUGAUCACCAACGACAGUGUUAGCUUCUUCAGAAUCUCAAAGAAGAUGUAUCCGCAUAGACCGGUAUUGAUGGUUAUCAGCCAUGCUGCUCCACAUGGUCCUGAGGAUUCAGCCCCUCAGUAUUCUCAUCUCUUUCCCAAUGCUUCACAACACAUCACUCCUAGUUAUAAUUACGCUCCCAACCCAGACAAGCACUGGAUAAUGAGAUAUACUGGUCCCAUGAAACCUAUUCACAUGGAGUUUACCAACAUGUUACAGAGAAAACGCCUGCAAACACUCAUGUCUGUGGAUGAUUCAAUGGAAAUGAUUUAUAAUACACUGGCUGAAACAGGUGAACUGGACAAUACUUAUAUAAUAUAUACAGCAGACCAUGGCUAUCAUAUUGGGCAGUUUGGACUGGUGAAAGGGAAGUCCAUGCCUUAUGAGUUUGAUAUCAGAGUUCCUUUUUACGUGCGAGGUCCAAAUGUGGAGGCCGGUUCUUUGAAUCCUCACAUUGUAUUGAACAUUGAUCUUGCUCCUACAAUUCUAGAUAUUGCAGGCUUGGACAUUCCACCUGACAUGGAUGGUAAAUCCAUUUUAAAACUGCUGGAUUCUGAGAGACCAGUCAAUAGGUUCCAUUUAAAGAAAAGGAUGAAGGUGUGGAGAGACUCAUUCCUAGUGGAGAGAGGUAAACUAUUGCACAAAAGGGAAAAUGAGAAAGUGGAUGCUCAGGAAGAAAACUUCCUGCCUAAAUACCAGCGGGUUAAAGACCUGUGCCAGCGAGCUGAAUAUCAAACUGCCUGCGAACAGCUUGGGCAGAAAUGGCAGUGUGUGGAAGAUGCCAGCGGGAAACUCAAGCUGCACAAGUGCAAAGGGAUGGCCAACCUGGCAGCCAUGGGCAGCAGCAAGGGGAUCUCCAACCUUAUGCCCAAGUAUUACAGCAGGAACAGCGAAGACUGCAACUGUGAAGAAAACGAGUAUAAGCUGAGCCCAAUUGGACGCAGAAAGAAACUCUUCUCCAAGAAGAAGUAUAAACCAAGCUACAUCCGGAAUCGUUCUGUCCGCUCUGUGUCCAUUGAGCUGAAUGGAGAGGCUUAUAAUUUGGGUUUGGAGGAUGGGUACCAGCCUGUCUUCCCAAGGAAUAUCACAAAAAGGCACAAACUCCAGAGGGAUGUGGCACGAGAAGAGGAGGAAAAGGACAUUGGGGAAUACAGUGGCACAGGCAGCCUUGCAGAGUACACAGCCCCUAAUCUGAUCAAAGUGACACACAGAUGCUACAUCCUGGAGAAUGAUACUGUUCAGUGUGACACAGAUCUAUACAAGUCACUGCAGGCUUGGAAGGACCAUAAACUUCAUAUUGACCAUGAGAUUGAAACACUGCAGAAUAAAAUCAAAAACCUAAGGGAGGUGAGAGGUCAUCUGAAGAAGAAGCGACCAGAGGAAUGUGAUUGUAACAAGAUAAGUUACCAUUCCAAACACAAAGGCAAACUGAGGCACAAAGGGUCUAGUCUCCAUCCUUUCAAGAAAGCCCUGCAGGAGAAGGACAGGCUGUGGCUGCUGAGAGAGCAGAGGCGAAAGAAGAAGCUGCGCAAACUGCUGAAAAGGAUCAAGAACAACGACACGUGCAGCAUGCCUGGCCUGACCUGCUUCACCCAUGACAAUCAGCAUUGGCAGACGGCUCCCUUGUGGACAUUGGGUCCUUUCUGUGCCUGUACCAGUGCCAACAACAACACAUACUGGUGUAUGAGGACAAUCAAUGAGACGCACAACUUCCUGUUUUGUGAAUUUGCUACUGGUUUCCUGGAGUAUUUUGAUCUCAACACUGACCCAUAUCAGCUGAUUAAUGCAGUGAACACACUAGAUAGAGAUGUUCUUAACCAACUGCAUAUCCAACUCAUGGAGCUAAGAAGCUGCAGAGGGUAUAAACAGUGCAACCCAAGAACUAGGAAUAUGGACCUGGGGCUUAAAGAUGGAAGCUACGAGCAGUACAGGCAGUUUCAGCGUCGAAAGUGGCCAGAAAUGAAAAGACCAUCAUCUUCCAAGUCACUAGGACAACUGUGGGAAGGAUGGGAGGGCUAACCUCCUGCAACUGUUGGACCUCAGUGAGGAUAUAAAACUGGCCAGAACUUGAAUCCUUGUACAGACUAAAUGAAAAUGUGUAUGAUUUCAGAAGGAAUUUUAACAUUAGCCUGGAAGACUGGAUGAACUUUAGGGCUGAGGUAGCUAGAAUGUUUGCACUGUUGAGUGAUUUAAAAAGAUGCAGUGAUUUUUGGGGAACUACUUUCAGGAAUACAGACAACUUUUUGAAAGCCACUGUUGCACCUGCUUUUACUUUGGAUUAUAACCUCACCUGCUUCACAAAACAUUUUACUUCAAGAAAACACCACUAAGGCUGUUCAAGGAAUUGAUGGAAGAAAUAAUGAGGCUGUGCUCCCGAGAGGACUGACAUCCCAAAGGGCAACUCACACACACAGUAAUUUCAGUGGAAGCAAAUUAAAAACCUCUCUCUCUCCAGCUACAUCUUCAAAAAUCAUUUGAAAAAACUAUAACUGAAAAGCAAGAUUUAAAAAAUGGACACCUGCUUUCAAGGCAAAGCAAGUACAAAAGAUGGCAGUGGACAAGAACGAUUUAGCAAUUCAGGAAUUCAGAUGAGUAGCAUUAAACGGUUCUCAACACCACGAUACUCCUCAAGUUCUCUUUCAAGAAUAUAAUUUUAGCUCACUGUCCAUGCAUCCGUCCUAUUGCAACCUGAAGCAAAAUCUCAACUAAUAAGCCAGAUUUCCUGAGGGGUUCUGUAAAUACUUAUUAAUGUCCUGUUCAAAAGAAAUUCCUUCAAGUUGUGAAGAAUUUUGUUAAUAAAAAGUGUGGAAUGCCCAAAUAUAAUUUCUCAAAAUGUUACCUUGUUUACUUGUUAAUAUUGCAUAAGACACUUCAGAAUUUAUCCAUUUUUAAAAGCACUGCCAAAAUGCAGUUAAUGUAUGUCUUGAAUUUUAAUGAAAUCAGAUUUGUAUGAAGUCUUUUUAUGUGGAAGAUUAUAUUGUAUGUUCAAAACCAAAAGAGUUUCUUUGAGAGAGCACAUGUUUGCUUAGUAGUAUAACUUUUACAUUUGUAAAAAAAGAAAACAGUUAUUCUCUCUUGUGGCCAAUAAAAAAACCCAACAAAACUAGUUAUAGCUCAGUGUAUAGAAAAUAAGAACUUCUGAAUGACUUAAAUGUUUAUAAUCUAUUUCAAAUAUUAGGCAAGAGUUGCCACUGUCAUUUGAUUAAAUGUAUAAAGAGCAUAUUUGAGUAUUUUCAUAAAAAAAUAAUACCAGUUGGUAGAAUGAGUUCCUUAGAAGCAUGGAAGAGGUUAGUUUUGCUGAUUUGCUACAGGCUAGCAUGCUUUAAAAAUCACAUGGUGCUCAAAUAACAAAUGCUGCUUGUUGAAUUUAGAAAGUCAAGUUGUAGACUAGGCCUGUGCAAAGCGGCAAGUAUUCGGAUUUGGCUGAUUCGGAUCUGAAGAUGCAGUGCCGAUUUUGAGAUUCGAUACUGAUUCAGAGAUUCGGCCAUAGGCUAAACAGGCAGCAGUCCUCAAGGAUACUGAACAUAGCUGCUUCCAGCUGGUAAGUCAGUCAUGGUGGGCAGAUCAACACCCCCACAGGGAGGGAUUGGAGCUGGGAUAAGUUGCCCAGCUGGGGCAGGGGGGCGGUGUGGGACUCUGCCACACUGUGUGCCACUGCAUGGCCCCGGUCCAGGAGGGCAUGGGAGGUGUGUGCCCCUGGAUCUGCAUGGGGUGGGCUGGACCGGGCUGCACUCCAGGCAGCUAGCUCCAGCCGCCUGCUGCCGCAGCAGCAGAAUGGGUGGAGCCAAGGCUGUGCUCUGGGUGGUUAACCCCACCUGCAGCCCAGGCUUUGCCUGCUUUGCAGAGCAAGGUAUAUGGGGGGCUGCAGCCACCCUAAAAUUCCCCAUAGCCCCUGCUACCAGAUCUGCUCCGAUCUGGGUGCACAUGCCCACCCUCAUGCCCUGCUGCUGCUCACCCAGCAGGGGCAAAGCUGCGGCUUGUCCAGGAGAUACAGGAAGACUGGGCGAGCAUUGAGGGCAUAGCCCCCGCUCCCAGCACCUUCUACCACCCAUCCAGAGUGCAGCCCAGCCCAGCAGAUCCAGGGGCACACGCCUACUCCCAUGCCCUCAGACUGGCAGCAGGCAGUGGCAGGAGCCCCCCUCCUCAAGUCCUGCACCACCCCCGCCCCAGCUGGGCAGCCCCAGUCCCUCCCUUGAUGUGGGGGUGUUGAUAUGCUGCUCCCCCAUUCCCCUUCCCUCCGCACUCUCCCACAACAGACUUACCAGCUAGAAGCAGCUGUGUCUAGUGUCCUCGGAGUGCUGCCUGUUUAGUCUAUGGUUGAAUCUCCGAAUCUGUGCCAAGUUUUUCCCCAAACCGAUUCGGAGGCUUUCAGUUAGAUUUUGGAGCUCUUAAUGGGUCUCCCAAUUCAAUUCAGAGAUUCAGAUGCCGAAUUGGGACAAAUCUCCUCUGAAAAGAAUCUAGUACUGAAGCUUUGCACAGCCCUAUUGUAGACUUUCAGAAGGAAAAGCGUGUCAAGAGAUGUCUUUAGCAAUUAUUUUGAGAGCUGUGCUUAUACUGCAGGAAGUGAAGAUUUAAAAUGGAAGACUCUACCAACUGUGGCCUUGACUACAAAACAGCAAGUGACAGAUUUUUCCAAAACAUUUGUGGAUCUGGAUCUGCAAACAUGCAAAAUUAGCAAACUUUUUAUCACCACCCUUUUCACUUUUGUACUUUAAAACAUUUCAAGAAAAACAGCAAGCUGGGGGGACAGACCUUUAGCACCAUUCUCUCCCCCUCCUUCCAAUAGUCUUGAAUGUGGAAUCAAAGAAAACUAAUCUUAAAAGUGGCACCGUGAUCUUUUGCUGUAGGUUUCAAGUAAAACUAGGAAAAAUAACUUGGUUUUGAACUAGUGUUUGGGUGCAUCUACAUGUGACGCUUUAAUGCGCACUAGCCUAAAUUAAUGCACAUUAAGGGUGCACGUCUACAUGUGCAUGCCCUUAAUGCACAUUAAAAAUGGAGAAAUGUAGGCACAAGUAGUUAAAACGCAUUAAUGCUGUGUUUAUGGAGUGACUUGGAACUAACUUUAGUCUUAAGUCAGUCCACACACAGCAUUAAUGCACUUUAACAUCUGCAUGUGUAGACACCUGUCUAAACCCACUUAAUACGCAUUAAGCUAAUACACAUGAAACUUAGGCAUGCUUAAAUGCAUGUGUAGACGCAUCCAUUCAUAUGAAAUCAGAUUUAAUGUACCAUCCCGAACUGUCCUGUAAAGUUCUACAUUUCAGACACAAUCUGACAGUGGGUUGGAAAUGCAAUCCCACUCAUUGUUACAACUUUAGUGGGCUCAAUAGGAAAAAAAUAUCUGGCAGCAGAAAUGUAUGUUUUUGUGCUUUCCACCUCUGAAAAGAUUUAUAUAAGAAUCCUUAAGAACUAGGUGUACAUAAAAAUAUUUGUACGUACUUUUUUUCUUCCUUCUGCCUGCAGGCUUUGGAGGGUUGGGAAAGGCAGAAUCCUGCCAAGCCAUACUUACAAAUGCUGCUCCAUAUCAGAUAGAAUUCUCCAAAUAUUACUACAGCAACUCCUACUCUCAACAUACAUCCAAAACAUUCAGCUGUUACCAUGUGAAUCCUUAUGAGGUCUGAAUGUACAAUUUAAUGAAGAAGGCAAAAUAUAUUUUUUAAGAACUGUACUAAGGUUAGCUACAGACUAUGCUUUCCUCUUUUGUCCUGUUCCACAAAAUAUUCAUUAUGCCAAGACACUCCUGUCCCAAAAGAUAAGUUACAUCUAAGCAAAGCAUAUUCCCUUCUCUCUCCUUCCUUUGAGGGGACCAGUCUGCAUAAAAGCACUACCUUCAAAAGCUUGCUAGGCCAUUAUACAUUAUAUUCAUUGUAUAAGCAACUUCCCAUUUGCUGGAACUUCACACCCUGGCUAAUCCUCUCAAGUCACUGUUGAUACUACUUUAGGUUUUGUGCUGUCUCAGGAAACCAAAAAUUCAGUGCCGAGGUCCAUCUUCUCACCA